UAGAGUAGCAAAAUGGCAACCUGGUUUCGCAGCAGAAUUGUAAUCAAAACCUCCGGUUCCAAAUUACAGCUGUUUAACAUUUGACAUGUGAAUAAAUAAAUAGUCGACAGUGAUUUGUUGUUGUCAAAAUAAAAUUCUAAUAGUGUCAAAAUAGAAAAUAUCAAUUAAAUUACCAAUGAAAAUACGGUGAUACGUUUUUGACAGCGUGUUUACAAUGGCCGAUGAACCUGUCUCAGCUCCAAAGAGGCGACAAUUGAGAGAAAGAACCAAGAAACUCUAUACAGAUGAUUGGGCUAUUGGUGAUGAGGAAAUUGAAGGCAGAAGGACAUUUCAACUUGAUGAAAAGAUUGAAUGUGAAAGGUAUGACUUGAACAAUUUUACGGGACUUUUCCGUAUAAUGACUGGACCAGAACUUAAUGUUGCUUAUCUGCAAAAACACGGUUUGGGAAUACCACUUUUAUUCAGAGAUAAAGCCGGAUUGGGACUUCGUGUACCGAGUGCCAAUUUUUCAAUUAACGAUGUUCGAACUUGUGUUGGUUCAAAAAGGGUACUGGACGUGAUGGACGUAAAUACUCAAAAAAAUGAGGACAUGACAAUGAAAGAAUGGCAAAAAUAUUACGAGGAUCCGAAUAAAGGUCGCUUGCUAAAUGUAAUAUCCCUCGAAUUUAGUCACACAAAAUUGGAAAAUUAUGUUCAGUCACCAACAUUAGUGCGACAAGUCGAUUGGGUCGAUGUGAUUUGGCCUCGUCACUUGAAAGAAGCUCAAGUCGAGGCUACAAAUCUUCUCGAGGACAUGAUGUAUCCAAAAGUGCAAAAAUACUGUCUAAUGUCAGUGAAGGGUUGCUACACUGAUUUUCACGUGGAUUUCGGUGGCACAAGCGUUUGGUAUCACAUUCUUCGUGGGGGGAAAAUUUUCUGGCUCAUCCCACCGACAGAGAAGAAUCUCUCUCUUUAUCAAGAAUGGGUUCUCAGUGGUAAACAAUCCGACGUCUUUUUUGGCGAUAUGGUCGAAAAAUGCGGCCGAAUCAAUUUAAAAGCCGGAAUGACUUUAUUCAUUCCAACUGGAUGGAUUCACGCAGUCUAUACACCACAAGAUUCACUUGUUUUUGGUGGUAAUUUUCUUCACAGUUUUGGCAUUGAUAAACAAUUGAAAGUUGCGCAAGUCGAGGAACACACGAAAGUACCGCAAAAGUUUCGUUAUCCGUUCUUCACGGAAAUGCUCUGGUACGUUUUGGAAAAGUACGUUCAUGUUCUUUUGGGAAGAAGUCAUUUGGAUAUUCCCGAAUCACAGGUUCAACAAUUAACUGCUUUAAAUCAUCCUCAUGUUCAUUUGACUCCGUACGAACUCCAUGGGCUAAAGUCAAUUGUAAUGUACUUGCAUUCUCUGCCUUCGACGAAGAAAAAUGUACCGGAUUUAAUACGUGAUCCUGUGGCCUUAAUUCACGACGUUAGGUGCCUAGUUGAACAACAUCGACAUGACAAUCCAGAAGCAGCUGUAACUGGCAAUCCGGUUUUACCGCCUCCACCUCCUAUGACAAUAGCCGAACGAGAACGUUUGAAAGCGACUAAGAAGACAUUGACGAAAAUUCAGCGCCAGCAAACGAUUGAAAAACACGAUUCAAAAUCGGCCUGUGCCAGAAGACGACGAACACGUUGUAAAAAAUGUGAGGCAUGCACCAGGCAAGAUUGUCAAGAGUGCGUCUAUUGUCAAGAUAUGGUGAAGUUCGGUGGAACCGGAAGAGCAAAGCAAACAUGUUUAAUGAGACAAUGUCUAAGGCCAAUGCUCCCCGUUACAGCUGCUUGUAGUGUCUGUAAUCUGGACGGAUGGGGUCAAGAACCAUCGCCUCUGAUGGGCAAACCGAUUCCAAUGACACCGUCCGUUCUUCAUGAGUGUCAACUCUGUUUCGAUAUUAUUCAUCCACGUUGCGUCGGAAUUAAUCCCUCAACAAUACCGUUCAACGAGGAUCUGCCAAACAGUUGGGAAUGUUUCAAUUGUCGCGUAAAGAAAGAGAAAUUGGAUGCCAAACGACGAAACACGGAAAUUAAACAAGCGAAAGCUCGCGCAAGAAAACUUUCUGUCUCAAGUGCUGCAUCCUCGGUGCCAACAACGGAUUCCGAGAGAGCCACCACGCCGAGCAAAAGAUCCAGACCAGAUCCUACCGAGACCUGGGCAGAUCGAGAACCGGCCGAAGGUGAGCAGAGAACAGCCCUAAGGACCCAAUUAGCCUCACAAUUGACCGGAUCGAGCAGUAAAUCAUUAAAGAAACCGAGUGUCGUUGUGCGACCAAUGCCACUGCCCCCGGUUCACAGGUCAGGUCAGGACGUUAACGGUCAAUUCUACGUAUUCAACAAAGUCGCCAUCAUCUCAGUCUUCAGGUACCUGCCGAUCAAGGAUCUAGUGAAUUGUGCCCUAGUCUGUCGCGCCUGGUCCCGAUACACGAUAGAUCCGACUCUUUGGCGCCGUCUCGAUUUAUCCCACGUUCAAUUGACACCCGCUCACUUAACCGGAAUAACACGUCGUCAACCCGUGAGACUCACGUUAAAUUGGACGAACGUCACGAAACGACAACUCGCCUGGCUUCUCAGUCGACUGCCCCAAUUACGCAGUCUCUCUCUCCAAGGUUGCACCUGGUCCGGUGUUUGUGCACUCCGCACAUGUGCCUGUCCACCGCUAACAUCUCUCGAUCUCAGUCACGUCUCAAAUUUAAAUGACUCAAGUCUAAGGGAAGUUCUCAGUCCACCCACCGACUCUCGUCCCGGUUUAAUUGACAAAACAUCGCGCCUAAAGUAUCUAAGAAAUCUAUCCCUAGCUGGCUGUGACAUAACUGACGUUGCUUUGCGUUACGUCUCUCAACAUUUACCUCAUUUGGAAAAUCUCGAUCUCUCAUCAUGCGGUAGAGUCACUGACGCUGGAGUCGCACAAUUAGCCGCACCACCCGCACAGACAAUGAAUCAUCUCGUCUCCUUAAAUCUCUCAAAUUGCAAACUACUCACUGAAACCACACUCGAUCAUCUUCUACGUUGUAAUGCUUUGAAACGACUCGAUCUACGACACACAACGCAAGUAUCAACACAAUCGGUUAUUAAAUUUGCGGCAAAAAGUAUUCACAAUUUACAUGUGACUGAUGUUAAAUUAGUCGAGGAGAAGAAGAAGAUUAAAAUUGAAACUAGAGGUACGUGAGACGAAAUCGAGGAAGAAGGUGAAACGAAAGAGUAGAAAAAAAUCAACCCGGAUCUCAAAAAUUGAUUUUUCCAAAAGGAAGAAAAUUCGUUGUAUUAAUUAUUAUAGCCGUUUGUUUAAUUUUAACGCACAAUAAUUUUUACACCUCAUAUUUAUAUACUUAUCGAACAAAGGCCUCGGAUCGACACAAAAAAAGUUGCUUUAGUCGAUAAAAAAUAGAAAAAAGUCCUUUAUUUAAUUCAGUGUUGUCACAAAAAAUUUUAUUUUCUAUUUCACUGAUUUCUAAAUUCAAUUAAUCAAAACUUGAGUAAUUUCAUGCUUAAUAAAUAUUUCUUUUUUCACGAGAAAUAAAAUUUUUAAAUAAAAGUCGCAUUAUUCGAAAAAAGUUCUAAAAAGUCGAAAAAGUCAUAAUAUCCGAGACCUGUGAACAUGACAAUUUUUGUCACUUCUUUUCAUAUGUGGUGUAAUUUACAGAAAAUUAAAGUGUUUUAAGAUUUUCUAGGCGCAGUAUUCUUGUGGUUAUUAUAAACUUAUAACAAAAGUGAUAAACGCGCUAGUAACAUUUUCUUUGUUAUUAAAAGCAAAAAAAUGUACUAAUCGCCGUCUAUAUUAAAUAAUUAACGAUAAUUAAAAAUUACUAAAGUAAUUACUGUUGUGAAAAUUAUUACAUUAGAUAAUAAUUUUAUAAAUUCAAAAAA